CUUAUCAGCCCAUUCGUCUUAUCCAUCAGAAGUGAUUCCGAUGACAACACAGCAAUCCCCUUUCCAAUGUCACUUUCCUGCGUGUGGCUUAAGCUAUCGACGGAAAGAACAUCUGACCCGACAUGCUAAAAGCCAUUUCCAAACAGAGUAUUUUGAAUGCUCCUUCUGUGAUCGCGUUUUUUCCAGGAAUGACACGCUACGACAGCAUGUCCGCACUCAUCAUAAAACCAGAGAGCUACGAUACUCUCGGGCAAUUCAAGCUUGUACCUAUUGUCGCUCACGACGGUCAAAAUGCGACGGACAGUCUCCCUGCGGCGCGUGCUUCCAGCGAGGAAUUCAAUGUUCAUAUUCCCAAAGCUCACGAGGCCUGGCAUUGGAACAAAAUAGGUCUCGAAAAAGCCCUACACCUUCUGUAGAAUCGGACAGUGCAGAUUCGUUUCAUUCUGCUCCGACAGAACUGGCAGGUUUUAUCCAGCGUUCGGAAACUAUUGAAAAUAGUCCAUGUAGAAUUGCGCCAUAUGUCCAGGCUUAUUUCGACAAAUUUCACCCAAAAUGGCCAUUCUUACACCCAGCCACAUUCGAUUUCAAUACCGAGCUGCCUUUUCUUACUCAAUCGGUGGUGAUGAUGGGCUCGUGGGCGAUGAUGGAAAGCAAUACGCAACAGACCGCAAAAGACCUACAUAAAAGACUAAGCUUGUCAAUAUACGAGCAAAGAGAAAAUUGGGAUAUGUUGAAUCACUCUGACGAACCGCACUCGCAAUGUCACGAAAAAUCCUCAUCUGGUACACCCUGGCCAAUGGCAACAUACCAAGGAAUCCUACUACACCUCAUCUUCUCUCUUCUCCUCAACCAUGACCGGUCAGGUCUGGAAUUGACCCAAGUUCUCCCUGAAAUUCCCUCUCAGCUCCUUGUUUCUCUCGUGCAUAGCUGUUUAAAGCGCCACAUGUUCUUUUAUCCCUCAAUACUGGCCCAAUUCGAACUAGGAGUUGACCCUGAUGUUUUCAUCUGGCUUGGUAUCGAGGAAGUCAAGCGUUUCAACUUGUCUUUGUACAGGGUGUGCAGGCAUUCCCGGGUACUUGAAACCGAACUCCUAGAAGACGCACCUAAUUCCAGCUCUUGGCGUGGGCCACAGUCACCGGAUGGAAGUCUUCUUUCUCUGGCAGAUCUGCAAUUUGCGGUGCCAGACAGUGAUGAGCUCUGGCAUGCUACUUCAAACUUGGCUGCAAAAAUUGAAGAAAAGCAAGCAGCAUAUAUCAAUGAGAAUAUUGAAGGGAACUGGAUUUCUCAGACUGCACCACUCUUGCAGCCGAGUGAUCAACAAUUUCAGUGGAUAUAA